GGCAAGCCUUCUCGAGUACUUUUCCAUAUAUUGCCUGGCUGCCUGAAUCAUGGAUUGGUAUGAUUUCUUGGGCCAUGGCCAAACAUGGUAGGGCAUGCAUGAUGGUUGAAAUGAAUGUCAUCCACACAUCAUGGUGGGGUCCAUAGAGGUCAUUUGCACUACAAUUGUGGUGAAAACGUUUGCACUUGAUUAUUCCCUCCCUCCCUCCCCCCCUCAAAUACUUCUAUAUUUCUCAUGUUUGUCUUUGUAGACACUCAAAGCAUAAGCAUGUAGGACACAUCUAUACCAAGCUAAGAAAACCCAUUUCCUCCCAUUCAUCGAAAGUGGGCCACCGCUGUUAGAAAUGUCGACCGCCCAGCCAGUUGUGGUGUACCCAAAUUCCAUGUUAGCCGAACCUUCUUCGCAUUCUAAGGGCUCAUUUGGGCCAGUUUUCAUAGCAUUGUCUGUGAUCAUUGUCCUAGCGAUGCUCGCUUGCUGCCUAGGCCGGCUUUGCUCACGUCGGUUCUCCCAUCCGAAGGCCAAACACGGUCGGGCGGCGCAUGGGAAAGGUGAUCUCGAAGAUGGGUUUGAGAUAAGUAUGCCGACGGCCCGACGGGGCGGUAACGGAGAAAUCAGAGAUGCGAAACCAGCUGAAAAUGGAGGAAUUAAAGAAGUACGUGGUGGUAAUGGACAUAUCAGAGAAGCUAAAAUAGCUGAAAAUGGAGGAAUGAAAGGAGAAGUUAAACCUGUUAAGAAUGGUGAAGGCAGGUCGAGUGCAUGAAAAUAAGUAUCUUUUUUUUCUAAUUGCGUUUGAUUUUGUUUCUGUUCUAUAUGUGUGCAUGGGUUUGGUAUUGUGAUGUGUACCAUCAACGACUAAGAUUGAAUUGAAGAAUUUACAUGUGUUUUGAACCGUCGAUUAACUGAUCGACUGUUAAGUGGCCCAUCACAAACAGCUUAGGUCUGUUUGGAUUCAAAAUUAUUUUCUUUUUUAA